UGAAAUAACAAUAACGCGGCCUUUGGAUCGUGCAAGACUUUUGAGUGAAGGAAAUAUCAAAAGGUUGUCUUGCAAUUUCCGACCACCUUAAGCGAAUCGCAUCUUACUUCUCUUUCUGGGGAAAGCAUGUUUUCGGUUUUCUGUUAAAUUGGGUUUUUGUCAAGUAGAAUCAAAACAUGGAAAUUAAUCAGUCAGUGGAUGAAGUAUAUGUAUCAGAUGGAAGGAAUGGUGUGAAAGAAAGGAGUAGGGAUCAGAGAGAAGCUCUUCCAGGCGAUCCUAAGUGUGUUAUAUGUGGCCGCUAUGGUGAGUAUAUUUGUGAUGAGACAGAUGACGAUAUUUGCAGCUUGGAAUGUAAGCAAACUCUUCUUUGCAGAGUUGCUAACAAGGGGAUGCGGGCUGCUCCCGCACUUCCUCAAAGAUUACCUGCCACUGAUGAGUGCUACUACGUUAGGGAAUCAGAUAAUAAUUCAGGAUAUCAAGAUUUCAGUAGUUAUCAGAAUGAAUUAGUUAGAAGGAAGCUUGAAAUAAAUGUGAAGGGUGAUGUAAUUCCGGCUCCCAUUCUCUCCUUUUCCUCUUGCAAUCUACAACAGAGGCUUCUUCAAAACAUUGAAGCUGCUGGCUAUGACAUGCCUAUGCCUGUUCAGAUGCAAGCGAUACCAGCUGCUAUGAUUGGCAAAAGCCUGCUUGUUUCUGCUGACACAGGCUCAGGGAAAACUGCUUCCUUUCUAGUCCCUGUUAUUUCUCACUGUGCAAAUUUUCGUCUUGAGCACUUACCGAAACAGAAAAAGCCAUUAGCAAUGGUUUUAACUCCAACUAGAGAGUUGUGUAUCCAGGUUGAGGAACAAGCCAAGUUGCUUGGAAAAGGUUUGCCAUUUAAAACAGCACUUGUGGUCGGUGGUGACGCUAUGGCUGGACAGAUCUACCGCAUUCAGCAAGGUGUAGAAUUAAUUGUGGGAACUCCAGGCAGGCUCAUUGACCUGUUAGUGAAGCAUGAUGUUGAACUAGAUGACAUAAUGAUGUUUGUUUUGGAUGAGGUAGACUGUAUGUUUCAAAGGGGCUUCCGAGAUCAAGUAAUGCAGAUUUUCAGGGCCCUUUCGCAACCCCAGAUCUUAAUGUUUUCUGCAACAAUCUCACAAGAGGUAGAGAAAAUGGCGGCCUCCAUGGCUAAGGAUAUCGCUGUUGUCUCUGUUGGCAAGCCUAACCAGCCAAAUAAGGCUGUUAAGCAGCUUCCUAUCUGGGUUGAGUCAAAGAAAAAGAAGCAAAAGCUUUUUGACAUAUUGACGAGCAAACAGCAUUUUAUGCCACCAGCUGUGGUUUAUGUGGGUUCAAGACUUGGGGCAGAUCUCCUGUCAAAUGCGAUUACUGUCACCACAGGAAUUAAAACCUUAUCAAUCCAUGGGGAGAAACCCAUGAAUGAGAGAAGGGAGAUCAUACAGUCAUUUUUAGUGGGAGAGGUUCCUGUGAUUGUGGCCACUGGGGUUUUGGGUCGGGGAGUUCAUCUCUUGGGUGUGAGACAGGUUAUCCUCUUUGACAUGCCCAAUUCUAUCAAGGAGUAUGUCCAUCAGAUUGGUAGGGCUUCUAGACUGGGAGAGGAGGGUACGGCAAUUGUGUUUGUGAAUGAGGAGAAUACAAAUUUGUUUCCAGAGUUGGUUGAAAUUUUAAAAUCUUCUGGAGCAGCUGUUCCUCGAGAACUUAUUAAUUCACUAUCUACAGUGGGUUCAUUUGGCAGGGGCUAUAAAAAGAGGAAGCAUGGUUGCUGAAAUUUCAGGAAAUAUAUUAGGUUCUGGGCCUAAUUUUCAACUAAGUAUUCUAAUAUCUUCAUGCUGUUGUCAGAAGUAUGACUGAAAGCCAACGUAAUUUGCUUGCUUUCAGCUAACAUGUGGUGGUAAUGGUGGAAGUUUUGAAGGUGCAUUGUUGUGUUAAAAUUUCCCUCUUAUCACUAAAAUUCCUUCUUCAGUUGAAUGUUCUGCCAGAUUUCCCAGUUCAAUGAUCAUUCACUCCAACAUCUAUUUCAGCAUCGUUUGAGUUGAUUGGAUCAAUACAAGGAGUCAAUACAGUUGCAAUCAUUGAGCUUGGGGACUUGACUAGAUCGGAAAGUACAAAAGGACGGACAAUGAGCAUUGUUUGGCAAAGGAUAAUGAUGGUGGGGUUGUGGAAGCAAGAGUAAGGGUUCUCAGAUAGUUUGCCUGAUCUUUAUUGGUUUUCCGCCCUUAGAGAAUGAAAUGCCAAAGCUCAACGACUGCCCUUGUUGUUAUGUAGUCUGUUGUUGGGUGAAUCGGUGGUGCCAGCAAUGAUCUUGCCAGACACAAGGAAUCUAUUAGUACUCCUUACAAAAAUAUAAUUGCAGAGCAACCAAUUUUGUAUCCUAAGAAGAUAAAGGGAGAUAACAUCCCAGAUGUAUAAAGUUUUGACGAAAGGUGACAUUGAAAUAAAUUUAGUGACUGAUUUUGUUGUGAAUUUUAAUGCUGAAUGCGACUGAAUACAUAUACAUAUGUAGUGUGCCAAAAGCUUACAUAUUUAGCCUAAUCAAGUUAAAUUUUCUUUAUAUGUACAUUGAUGAUGAAGACAAUUUUGGCUUCAUACAAUAAUAUUGAGGUCGUAGAUUCCCUGGAA